UCUGUUUGUUACAAGCCUACCAGCCCAGUCCAGGUACUGGAAGACACUGGCUUUCUUUACCAGGAUCACCAGUUAUUUGCUGGCAGGCAUGAAGUUCCUCCGCUAACAGCUGAAGCAAUCAGUGCCAAAGAAAAAGCUGCCGAGGAGGCCCUCUGCACCCUGCGCCCACCCAGCUUCCGCCGGGUCCCAGAGGCGGAGAUGCGAGGGGCGGAGGAGGUGGCAGCCGGCACCGUCCUGCAGCGCCUGAUCCAGGAGCGGCUGAGGUAUGGCAACCCCAGCGAGAACAUGAACCUGCUGGCCAUACAGCACCAGGCGACGGGCAGCGCCGGCCCCUCCAACAGCACUGCCAGCACUCUCUCUUCCGCAGAAAACCUCACGCCCGAAGAGCCGCCAAUGGUCCAGCCGUCGGGGCGGCAGGAACCGCAGGGGCAGGAGCACCAGGGGGACGGUGCUGCGAUGGAGAAGCAGCCCCGGGCCCCGCAGCCCCCGCACGGCACCGAGGAGCUCCCCACCUACGAGGAGGCCAAGGCCCAGUCGCAGUUUUUCCGAGGCCAACCGCCGCCGGCCACUACCGCCGCUGCCCCGCCGGGAUUCUAUGGUGCAUCGGGCCCGAAGUCCAGGACAGAGGGGAGGCCGACGGUGAACCGGGCCAACAGUGGGCAGGCGCAUAAGGACGAGGCGCUGAAGGAGCUGAAGCAGGGCCACGUCCGCUCGCUGAGUGAGAGGAUCAUGCAGCUCUCGCUGGAGAGGAACGGGGCCAAGCAGCACCCCCCGGCCCCGGGGGGCGGGAAGGGCUUCAAGGCGACCCCACCACCCGGCAAGGCCACGGACCCGCGGGGCCCACCGCCCGAGUACCCCUACAAAGGCAAGGCGGUGGCCCCGGGCAGCAAAGCGCAGGAGCACGGGCUCUUCUAUGGCGAGCAGCCGGCGCAAGAUGUCCUCAAGGCCUCCUACGCCGCCCCUCAGCCUGCCCGGGCGGAGGUGCCCCUCGUCCGCUACCAGCCGCCCCCGGAGUAUGGGGUGAGCAGGUACUAUGAGAAGGCAGACAAGCUGCAGAAGUUUGAAAUAGAGAUUCAGAGGAUUUCAGAAGCUUAUGAGGGCCUGGUCAAGACCACCACUAAGAGGGAGUCUCUGGACAAAGCAAUGAGAAACAAACUUGAAGGAGAAAUUAGGAGACUUCAUGACUUCAACAGGGAUCUCCGUGAACGACUGGAGACAGCCAAUAGGCAGCUAGCCAGCAGAGACUUCGAUGGGCAUGAGGAUAAGUCAACAGAGGGCCUUUAUGUCACUCAGAACAAAGAGCACUUGAAGGAGAAGGAGAAGUUGGAGAUGGAGCUGGCAGCUGUGCGCUCUGCCAAUGAGGACCAGCGGAGGCACAUCGAAAUCCUCGACCAGGCCCUAAACAAUGCUCAAGCCAAGGUCAUCAAACUGGAAGAGGAGCUGCGCAGGAAGCAGGCCUAUGUGGAGAAGGUGGAGAAGCUGCAGCAGGCGCUGACCCAGCUGCAGGCAGCCUGGGAGAAGAGGGAGCAGAUGGAGCGGCGGCUGCGCACACGCCUGGAGCGAGAGCUGGACUCGCUGCGGAUGCAGCAGAGGCAGGGCAGCUACCAGGCGAGCAGCCUCCCGGAGCACAAUGCCCCGGCCCUGAUGGAGCUGGUGCGGGAGAAGGAGGAGAGGAUCCUGGCCCUGGAAGCCGACAUGACCAAGUGGGAGCAGAAGUACCUGGAGGAGAGUACAAUCAGGCACUUUGCCAUGAACGCCGCAGCCACGGCCGCAACGGAGAGGGACACCUCGGCCUCAAGCCACUCACGCAAUGGCAGCUACAGCGAGAGCGCACUGGAGGUGCGGGGCUGGCAGGAGGAGGAGGAGAUCGUGCAAGCCAACAGGCGCUGCCAGGACAUGGAGUACACAAUAAAGAAUCUCCAUGCAAAAAUAAUUGAGAAGGAUGCCAUGAUCAAGGUCCUUCAGCAACGGUCACGGAAAGACCCUGGGAAAGCCGACAGCGCCAGCCUGCGACCAGCUCGGUCUGUCCCCUCCAUUGCCGCUGCUACGGGCGCGCAUUCACGCCAGACCUCGCUCACCAGCAACCAGAUAGCUGAGGAGAAGAAGGAAGAGAAGAUCUGGAAGGGAAGCAUAGGGCUACUCUUGGGAAAGGAGCACCAUGACCACCCAUCGAGCCCUUCACUGCCUCCUCCGCUGCCCUCCUUGUCCUGCAUGCCCAUCCUGGCACCUGCAGCCUCCCAUGCGAAGACGGGCAGCAAAGACAGCAGCACGCAAACGGACAAAAGCGCUGAGCUCUUCUGGCCUGCUGCUGCCUCCUUCCCUGGCCGUGGACGGCUGGGUACCACCCCAUCGCACAGCCCAGCCCCGCGGACCCUGGGGACACGAGCAGCUGGCGAGAAACUGGGGACCUCAAGCCAUGGGAAGCUGCCCGACAGCAAAGGCAGAGUGAGCAGCUUGCUCCACAAGCCUGAGUUUCCAGAUACGGACAUGAUGGAAGUCCUCAUCUGAGCAGAGGACAGCAUCUCUGGGGUUU